AGAGUAAGUGAGUGAGAAGGAUGAAAUGGUGAAAUAUUAACGAUGAGGUCUCUCUCUGUUUGUCUUUCUGCAGUCCUGCUGUCAGUCUCAGUACGGGGUCACACUUUGUCUGCUAAUGGUUGGUCAAUGACGAUCGUGGAUGGAGUGUGGGCUGAGGAAGGAGGCUCCGCUGUCUUACCCUGCAGCUUCACCCACCCUGACACUAACCUCACACUCACUGGCUCCAUCUUAUGGUACAAGGAGGAAACACGGGCUUUUAUCUUUAACUGUACAGAUCCUGGUCCAGACCAUUCCCAGGGUGAGCUGUGUGAGAAUGUGAUACAGCGGGACGGUGGGAAUCGAUUCAGAUUCGUGGGGAACCUCACCAACAAAGAUGCCUCAAUAAUGAUGGAGGGACUGAGCCGGGAGGAUGCUGGUUCCUAUCGGUGUCGUGUGGAGCUCAAUAUUGAAAAGUUUGGAUCUAGAAAAGGAACACGCCUGGAAGUGAAAGCUUCUCAGGAAAAUGUCUCAGUGGUGAGUGGGACAGAGGGAGAUUCAGUCACUUUACCCUGUAUCUUCAGUCGCUGGGACUCCCACACCCUGACCACUGUUACCUGGAUGAGAAAGGAGCCCUACCAACACAUUGUUACAUUUACAGCCCAAUCACAGGGAAAUUGGACAACUGUACACGGUGGAAAUCGGUACGAGCUCAUCGGGAACCCAGAGGAGGGAAACGUCUCAACCAGGAUAAACCAGCUGAGUGUGAGGGACAAUCACACUUACCUGUGUCUGGUGGAAUACAGGUCAGAACCUGAUUCUCAGUAUCUGAUCCAGAAAGAGACUCGGCUGCAGGUACAUGUGAAGACUCAGCCUGCUCAGUAUGUCUCAGUAUAUUCGCUGGUCAUUCCACUGCUCAUCCUCCUCCUCCUCCUCAUCAUCAGCAUCAUUGUCAUCAUCUUCAUCACCUUCAGGAAGAAAGGAGGGGGUUCACAGCAAAUGGAUCUGACCACAGCUUUGGAAAGGAAUGAUCCAGGUUCAUCCAGCAUUCCCGGGACUGAUCAGGCCCAGCAGCUCACUGCUCCAGAUCAGGACAGUUUCAUCCUCUAUGCUGAGAUUGACAGCAACAGAACAGGUGGCAAGAGAUUCACAAACAGUCUGUCAGAAGGCCCUCAGCCUGACUCCUGUACCUAUGCCAGCAUCGUGUUUGACAGCAACAGACAAGGUGACAAAACUCUCCGGGUUGCUGAUUCAGAAGAGAGUGAGUCAGCGGAUGUAACCUAUGCAGCUGUGGUGAAGACACAUUAGGAGCGAAUAAGAACUGAGGUUGCGUUGUUUCUCAGAUCAAAUUCAAGGAACGUGAUGGAACUUACCGGCUCAAAACUUGGCAUUACUAUUCUUCAAAAUUGUUUUUUAAAUUUUUUUAAAAAUUGUGCCUUUUUAUCUUAGUGUAUUUUUAAUUGUGGACUGAAAGGCAUCAGAAUUGUUGAAAACCAAAGAUUGUUUAAGGGAUACUGCACACUUUUGAAAGCAAGUAACCUGACACUCAUUGUAACUGUUGUUUACACAGCUGCUGGGUCAGACAGCAACAGAAGAAGGUGCAGACGAACUGGAGACAUGCCCAUGUACAACUGGCGAUUCAGCCAGAAACAAGUAUCUGAUUGGUCUUUGUACUAAAGACCAGUAAUCAAUGACAAAGACCAUCUUGCUACCAAUGACUAUGUGAUUGGUUCCCAGCUAAUUGAACAGGUUGUGGAUAUGAACAUGACAGGGAGAAGCCAUCUGACCUCCACCUUCUGAGGAGCUGUUCAUCAUCAGCUCUGUUCCGGCAGGAAAAUCUCCUUUAAAUCUGAGGAUAACCAGCUGAUUGUCUUUUCCUUCAGCAGUUGCAGUAAGUUCUGACCUUUAAUGAGUAAGUCAGACCUUUUAUAAACCACACACUCUAUCUCUAGUAAACCAGUGACAGCAUCUGGAGAAGCAGCAUUCUGAUCAGCACAAGAAUCAUCUCAGCAGAUCCCGCGAACAGGGAUUGACGAAACUGUUUUCUGUGAUUGAUGUUUAUUUUCUGUGUGUGUGUGUGUCUGUGUGUGUGUGUGUGUGUGUGUGUGUGUGUGUCUGUGUGUGUCUGUGUGUGUCUGUGUGUGUGUGUCUGUGUGUGUGUGUGUGUGCAUACAAUAUGUGCUUGCUUUUAAGGGGACUUGAUUCAUGAGCAUCUUAGAGUUUUAACUAAUGUUGUUAUAGCUCAAUGGUCCAUCAUUUUUGUGUGGAAUUAGAGUCUAUUUA